GGACCAUCAUCAGCCCCCCCCCCCCACCACCACCACCCUAAAGGAGAGGAGCUAGCAGCUCUACCAGGAACCAUGACUUGUUGUGACUCUGAGGUCCUCUGAAGGAGCGAGCAUCCGUGAACGCGCUUGGACUGGACCGCACGGCCCGCAGGAUGCAGCACCCGCUGGACAUGAGCGCGCAUUACUACCCGCCGGACGUGCAGCCGGACCACAGGACGCACCGGUACCGGAGCUUCAUGAUAGAGGAGAUCCUGACGGACCCCCCGGAGAACAAGGCGUCUGCACCGGCCGGGGAGCUGCUGAGGUUCGGGGUCCAGGCUCUGCUGGCCGCCCGGCCCUUCCACAGCCAGCUGGUGCUGAAGGCCGACCAGGCGGGCCUCCUCAAGCUGCCCCUGCCCCCCCUCUCCUGCUCGCUGGGCAGCCCGCUGCUGUCCGCCCCUCCGGGCCUGCAGGUCGGCUCCGCCGGACACCACCUCCCUCUGGACCUCCACCUCCGCGAGAAGCUGGAGGCCGGAGCGGACGGAGGCGGGAAGAGCAAGAAGGGCCGCCGGAGCAGGACGGUGUUCACCGAGCUGCAGCUGAUGGGCCUGGAGAAGCGCUUCGAGAAGCAGAAGUACCUGUCCACCCCCGACAGAAUAGAUCUGGCUGAAUCUCUGGGCCUCAGUCAGCUGCAGGUUAAAACUUGGUACCAGAACCGGAGGAUGAAGUGGAAGAAGAUUGUUCUGCAGGGCGGCGGUCUGGAGUCCCCCACCAAGCCUAAAGGCCGACCGAAGAAAAACUCCAUCCCCAGCAGCGAGCAGCUGACCGAGCAGGAGAGAUCUGCUGCAGAACUGGAGCCAGCGGCCCGCUUUGACCAGGAGGACUGAAGAACUGGAGGA